CUCGGCAAUGACCCCACCACGGAAUAUAUCAAUGCUAACUAUGUCACGGGUCCAGGCAACAUCCGUAACUACUACAUCCUGUGCCAGGCGCCGCUCGCCAACACGGUACACGACUUCUGGCGGAUGAUCUGGGAACAAAACUCCAGGCUUAUCGUCAUGCUCACCGAAUAUAUGGAGAAUGGAGUGGAGAAAUGCUUCGAAUAUCUUCCACCAUCAGAGGUAUCCGACAACAAGAGGUGCUUCGGAGACUUCCAGGUGGUGCUGAAGAAGCGGGAACAGCGCGACAAGUACGCCAUCUCCAGCCUGCAGCUGGUCCACCUCGGCACCAGGACCUGGAGGGAGGUGACGCACCUCUGGUACUUCUGGCCCGCUAAGGGAGUUCCAGAGGAUUACGACUCCGUGAUAGACUUUAUAUCAGAGAUGAGGAGUUACAUGAAGAUCUCACAGACUGCUAAAGAAUAUGAUGAAGAAGGUGUGGAAGUGAUCUACGGCGAGGACACCAAGUCAUCGCUAGACAAUCUAUCGAAGUUGCGCAGUGAAGGGCGCGCGUCCGGCCGCGGCCCGCAUGUCUACUCCCCUGCCCGGGCAGAGGAGAUGAUGCGCGCUAACGGCACGCGACAGGGGAACUUCAGAAACAUGAAGACUGCACACGAACAAGAUGGCGUGCGUCCGUGCGUGUGCGUGUGCGCGUCUGGCGCGGGGCGCGCGGCGGCGGCGGUGGCGCUGGAGACGUGCGCGCGCGCGCUGGCCGCCGGCGCAGUGGACGUGCCGCGCGUCGUGCGCCGCCUGCGCUCGCAGCGCCCGCACGCGCUCGCCAACAGACAUCACUAUAUAUUCAUAUACAAGGUGCUAAGUGAAUACGGUAACAAGCUGAUGGGCAGCGGCGUCGACAACAUCUGACCACAAGUACAUCUAAUUUUAAUGACACGACUGAGAAACAUCCAUGACUAUUGUCGACUACAUUUCGCCAGAAUUGCGGAUUACUGAAACGAAUCUUAUGUAAUUUGCUUCGAAAUCUAAGAGACGUCAAAUAAUAGAAUUUGUUUAAGCGUCUUAUUAAGACGUUGUUACAAAUUGCAAUGUCGUUUCAGUAAUCUGCCGUAUAUAUAUAUAUAUUAUUUUUUUAUUAUUGUUAGCUUAUACCAGUCUCAUUUCUGUUAAUAUUAAUAAUGGCGCGUCGUUCUGACAGUGUUUAGCGCAGUUAAAUCCAUUUUUUGAGUAAGCUUUAGUAGUUGUCUGAUUUCCACUAGUGCGGAUUAUCCGCGCGUCAACGCUAGCCUAGUGGAAGUAGGCUUAUGUUUAGGAAUUGUUAAAAACCAUGUUGUUUUUUUUUGCAUAAUAAAAUAUAUAGAAAACACAUUUGUAGAUAAUUGUUUUAAAAUGUAUUUUUUUAAGAAAACUGCAAGAUGUUAUGAUAUUUUAAAAUUUAUUUUAUUAAUACCAAAGUGCACGAAGAUCUCUGAAUACGGUAGCUCAAAUAUUCCUAUUUAAUUCGGUUCUUAUAUCGUUUGCACUUAAAUAUUUAGGUCUAAGAUAUAUAAACAUGUACAUAACAAGAGUUCAUGAUAUUAUAACCCAUAAUAUAAUAAAACGCACAAAACCUUUUAAAUAUAGUUUUUGCCGAACCUGUUUCCACCCAAAUAGUCUUAAAUAAUUAGAUUUAUUAGUUUUUAAGUAUAUCUGUAUAUAAAAUUAAUUAUAAACGUUAGUUGCAUAUCGAACAAUUAUAUUUAAAAUAACCUAGUCUUUCAAUUAAUAUCAACAAUCCAAUUUCGACCAAAAUAUUUGCCUUAUGACAAGCAUCGUUCAGUGAGCGAGAUGGAUAUAUAUUAGAGCUGUGUGUGCGACAGAGAUAGAAGAUAAAUCCGUUCCGUUUCACCUUUUUGAGAUGCCACGUUUAAUGAACGAGAUGGAUAUACAUUAGAACUGUUUGUCCGACAGAGAUAGAAGAUAUAUCCGUUCCUUUUCACGUUUGAUAGCAAUAUUUUUUAAGUUGAUAUUUAUGGUUCUAUAUGGUAUCGAGGUCUGCUGUGAUUUCUACUAAUCUAUUACUAAGUUUUAUUAUUUAAACACUAAUUUUAGUUAAUACAGUUUAUUUGCUAUUUGAAUUUUAUAUAUAUGUUGAGCAUUUAAACAUGGUUACAUAGUACAUAUGUUUAUUAUUAUGUAGAACGAAUGUUUAUUUUAUAUAUUGAAAAUUUGUACUAUUUUUAUGACCAAAAAAUAUUUUUUAGACAAUUAAGUUUUGCCCUACGAUUAGCUUGUAAUUUAGUUUAUCUUAGAAAAAAAUAAAGAUUAUUUCAAACC